AUGCCCUCGUGUGGCACCUGCAACGCUAACGGAUUGGAGUGCGAAGGCUAUCUGUUACAAUGGCCUGGAUUGGCCAGUCGAGGCAAAUUCGUGGGGAAAAGUGUGCCUGUGAGUGCCACUUCAGAAAAGCGACGCAGGUCUCGACGAGUUGCUGCAUUGUUGGACAAAACAUCCCAUCCUCGGAUUGCAAUUGGCGAUCGAGAUAACACGAACAACGCGGAGGCCGAAGAAAACAUGCCUUGCAAUGUACCAGUACCCACAAAGCCCGAAGUCGAGUCAAAUUCCACACCCGAACCAACAGCAAGUUUGUUGGAGGAUGAUUUUCCGCUUGACGCGACAAUAACAGAUCUCAAUAUCGACCCGGAUCUCCUACUGGGCACUGUGCCGCUUGAUCUGGGGUCAAUAGAAUCAGAGAUGACACUGGGGCCAAAUCUCGAUGUUCUAAAUAUACCGGGGGAGCUCAAAUUCAUCCUUCAAUACCAUAUCUGUGAAGUCAUUCCAAAACUUUGCGUUGACAAUUUCUGCCUCCAAAAUCCCUAUCGAGAAUACAUCUUCCCCCUGGCUAUUGAGAUCCCGUCUCUGCUCUAUGCUUGCGCGGCGUUAGCAGCUUGUCACUAUAAUAUACGAUUGGGAACGUCCCAGUUUCAAUCCGAAUUCCUCCGAUUCAAGGGAAAGGCGAUGAAGCGUCUCCAAGAGGAUCUUUAUUCGCAGACUCGGGCAACACAUCCGGGUACUCUGGCGACAAUACUCAUGCUUUGCUUAUCCGACAUUUGCCAAGGAGGGAUUUCGGAUUUCGAAUCGCAUUUCCUAGGAGCGAAAAAGUUAAUCGAAAUGCGAUCCGAGACGACACCUCGGUGCUUUGUGGAGCAGUACCUAAUGUGGCUUGAUAUUAUGGCCGCUGCAUCUCAUUCGAGGAAGCCCGUGUUCUCCUCCCAUGAUAUACAGACGACUCUUGGUUCUGAUGACUUUGGGUGGAGUUUUGACGUGUUUCCUUGUCCGUCUGAUCAAUUUCAGAUUAUUUGCGAGAUUAUCAGCCUGUAUAAAAACCAGCCUGAACCGGAAUGCCCUUCCCUAGAGGUCCUAGACCAGGUUCAACAGAUCAAGCAAAAGCUCUUACAGGGGCCAAUACACUCAAAUAGAGAUCAAAACUGGCUCCAUCUCACUGAGGCAUAUCGGUUUUCGAUUAUACUCUAUUUGCUUCGGUUAUUUGGCUGUGAAAUCGAUGAAUACGAGGUGGACUGGCUGGUUAGCAGUGUUAUAUACCACGCUAGAUCUACGCCUCCAGCGUCUGGGUAUUCUGAUCAGCUUCUCUGGCCGCUUUUCCAUGCUGGGCUAGAGAUUACAGAUGCUAAGCGACAGGACUGGAUGAGAGAGCGAGCCCAAUGCAUGCAAUGGUCAGGUGGAUUUGGAAAUGUGAAAAUCGCACUAGAUAUCUUGGAGCAUGUAUGGAGGGGAGACAGGCCAUCUUCAUACUUGAAUCUGAUGCUGGGAUGGGGCAAUGGCAAUGUACUUCUGAUUUGA